AUUCUGUCGAUGUCGAUUGCACUGUAGAAGGCGCGAAUGACUUCAAUUCAUUUCUUCGCGCCAUUAAGUAAUUUCGAAACGUAUCACAAAUUUUUUUGAUACAGGAAAACAUAGAGAGAAGCCAUAUUUCACACAUGGAUUCAUUAAUUUGCAAUAAAUGUUUCGUCUCGAUACGUAGAGGACAUCAACCGUACAAUAUUACGCAGUGCGGCCAUAUUUUUUGUCAGAAGUGUCUACAACAAGUCGAAAAACAAUGUUCACAAUGCCAAUAUACGAGCCCCGCAUAUUUAUCAUUAAAAGAACCAGUGAUGUCUAAAACAAUCUCGUUUUUCGCUCCCGUCAUCGAAAUUUGGGAUAUGUUAUCAAAAGCGGAUAUGUUGCGAAGCAAUCAAAUAAAGAUAACAAUGCAACGCUUUCGCGAACUUGACGAAAAGUAUGAGAAAUUGAAAAAUCAGUUUUAUAUCGACCAACGUAAUUUUAAAAUAUUGAGAGAGAAGUACAUGUGUCUCAAGAAAGAGAGAGAAAACAUCGAAAAAAAGAUAUUGCAUAUCCAAAAUGUGUACAAAAUGCAAACUGUAACACCCCGCACAAUGAAGACGCCAACAGAUUCCUAUACUAUUUCUACGCAUUCGUCAAGUUCAAGAUAUGCUUCAGAAUCGUCGGAUUUUCUGAAACUUUCUAAUGUGACACCCAUGUCUAUGCAGUCAAUGGAUUCAAAAAAACAUCAAACCGAUGCCGAUGGUUUUCGCGUACCCAGCAAUCGACCAAAACGUGGCAAUCUUUUUUUUACAUGAGAUACAGGU